ACUCAGGGUUUUUCUGUGUUAUCUUUUGUGCACAUUAAAACUUCUUUUUCACAUCUGACUCUGAUUUUCUGAGACCUUGUUUUGGGACUUUUUCAUGCUUUGAAGAGAACUUGAAGAGAAGUCGACAAAGUGCAGCUGGCGAUAAGGGAGUCCUGGUCCAUGAGAUCCUCCUCUACAUCCUCAAACCGGAGUCAUUCUCAGUUUGGGGGGGCCUGGGUCUGUGUUUGGGUCUGGCCUUCAUGGAGCUCUUAAGGAUCAACUCUAUGAAUCUGUUUUGGGCCAUAGGCAUACGGACAGGAAUCAGGAUGAAAACAGGUUUCUGCAUGCUGGGCUUCCGCAAGAUCAUCACUCUGAGUACACACAGCGAAGUCUCUGUGGGACAGAUAGUGAAUGUUUUGACCAGCGACAGCUACAAGCUGUUUGAAGCCGUGUUUUUUUGCCCGACUUUGCUGCCCUCCCCUCUCCUGUUGAUCAUGUGUGCCAUCUACUCCUGCCACAUCCUUGACUACACUGCUCUCAUCAGCAUCUUCAUCUUUCUCGUCUUCAUCGUCCUCCAGUUUGUGUCUGCCAGGCUCAUUAACCGGUUCCAGAAAAAGGCUGGGGAGAUCACAGACAGCCGAGUCCGCUCCAUCAACGAAGUCCUCAGCUGCAUCAAACUCAUCAAGAUGUAUGUGUGGGAGGAGUCCUUCUACAGGAAAACCACAGACAUCAGGACAAUAGAGAGGAGGAUGUUGGAUAAAGCUGCUCUGAUCCAGAACUUCAGUGCGACCAUCAGCCCUCUCGUCCCGAUCAUCGCCAUCAUGGUCACCUACGCCAUUCACACCUGGCUGGGUCUACCUCUCAGCACCAGCAACGCUUUUCCUUUCGUCACCCUCUUAAACAGCAUGAGGUUUAUUCUUUCAUCGUUGCCCCGUUGUGUUGGUUUCCUUGCUGAAGCUGCUGUGUCUGUGUCUCGCCUCAAGAGGUUACUGCUGACACAGAAUACAGAGCCAUACAUCAACCACAGCACCAGCAGCCCAUCAGCGGUCGUCGUCAUGGAGAAUGCCACACUGUCCUGGACCAAACCACUCCACCACCCCGACACAGAGGACAGGGACAACCUAGUGUCUGAAGCCAGAGCUGCUGAAGGGAUGCCCGUCCUGAGGAACGUCUCCUUCACUUUGCACAAGGGCAGACUGCUCGCUGUGUGUGGGGGCGUUGGCAACGGGAAGACGUCACUGAUCUGCAGUCUGUUAGAACAGCUGAACCUGCAGCAAGGAUCGGUCUCGGUGCAGGGAUCAAUUGCUUAUGCCGCUCAGCAGGCCUGGAUCUUCCACGGGACAGUGCGGGACAACAUCCUGAUGGGGGAACCUCUGGACCACUCCAGGUACAACCGAGUCCUGAGCUGCUGCUGCCUGGAGGAUGACCUCAAAAUCCUGCCGCACGGUGAUCAAACACUGUUAGGAGAGGAGGGGGUGAACCUGUCGGGGGGGCAGAAACAGAGGGUGAGUCUGGCCCGGGCCGUCUACUCCAACCGAGACAUCUACCUGCUGGAUGACCCACUGUCUGCCGUCGAUGCUCACGUUGGGAAACACAUCUUUGAGCAAUGCAUCAAGAAAGAGCUGCUGGGGAAGUCCAUCAUACUGGUUACUCACCAGUUACAGUACCUGGAGUUCUGUGAUGAGGUUCUGGUUCUGAAGGACGGGGAGGUCCUGGAAACAGGAAGUCACGUGGAGCUGAUGAAGGCGGAGGGACACUACGCUGACAUCAUCACCACACACCUGGCUGAGCCAGCCACCAUAGAGCUCAACAGUGUGGUUCCUGAACCCCAGAGAGAGAAAGAUAAUGGUGAUACGAACGGAGGGAUACUCAAUCCAGCCUUCGACAUGUCGGAUGAGAACACCGAUGCACUUUCAUCCGCCUGCAAAUCCUUCGAAAUGUCGGAUGAGAACACCAAUGCACUUUCAUCCGCCUGCAAACCUGCUGAUCAGAAGAGUGAAGCGAGUUUGAUCACCUGGAGAACCUUUCAGCAGUACUGUCACGCAGCCGGAGGACUCUGUGUGAGCUUCUUUACUCUCCUCAGCUUUAUGGUGCUAACAGCUAACGGGAUGUUAGGCUACUGGGCCCUCAGCUACUGGCUGCAGCAGGGAGCCGGGACUGCCAACGUGACAUCUUCAGAGCGAGACAACGUCUCUCUGAACCCCGACCUGCACUUCUACCACCUGGUAUGUGCUGCGAUGUUGGGCAGUCUGCUGAUCAUCUGCUUCAUCAAAUGUUUCUGCUUCGUCAGAGUCACGCUUAACGCUGCCACCACGCUGCACAACAAGCUGCUCAGCAACAUCUUAGCGAAACAGAUGAGUUUCUUUGACACAACUCCAACUGGCCGCAUCCUCAAUUGUUUCUCCACGUGUCAGAACGAGGUGGACUCUGCAGUGCCUUUUUAUCUCAACAUCCAGCUCAUGUUCUCUCUGAUGGCCAUCUUCAGUUUGAUCAUCUCUGCUGUCACCUUCCCGUACAUGCUGCUGCCGGCGUGCAUCCUGGUCAUGGUCUUAAUUAUCCUUGUCAGCCUGUUCCUGAGAAACGUGUGUACGUUGAAGAAGAUGGAGGACAUCAGUCGCUCUCCCUGCAUCUCUCUGUUCACCUCCAUCGUUAAAGGCCUUGGCACCAUUCACGCCUACGACAAGACGCACAACUACACAGAGCGGUUUAAGAGUCUUUCUGACAUCAACGCUAACCACUUCUUACUGUUUAACUACGGCCUAUUUUGGAUCUCCUACAUAAUGGGUACUCUGUAUGUCAUUAUGACGCUGAUAGUCGCUCUGCUGGGCGUCUUCAUCUCCAACGACGUCUACAGCCCCCCCUUAAAAGCCCUCUCUCUGAAUUUCAUCUUACAGCUGUCGGCAAACUCUCAAUAUCUGAUCAUGUCCCUGAUUUCGGUUGAAGCAAGGUUCAUCUCCAUGGAGCGCCUGCUCGAGUACAUCACGGGCUCAGAGGAGUUGGAGGAACAGCUAAAGGUGGAUCUAGUCUCAGAGGACUGGCCUCAGCACGGAGUCAUCACCUUCCUGGACUAUAAGAUGCGCUACAGACAGAACUUACCUGUUGUCCUGAAUGGUCUGCAGCUCCACAUCAGAGCCGGGGAGAAGAUCGGCAUUGUGGGAAGGACUGGCUCCGGGAAGUCGUCUCUGGCUGUGGCAUUGUUCCGGCUGGUUGAACCAACUGGAGGAAGUAUCCUGAUAGAUGGUGUGGACAUCACAUCCAUCAGCCUGUCUAACCUGCGAACAAAACUGUCCAUCAUCCCCCAGGACCCCAUGCUGUUCACCGGGACUGUCAGGUACAACCUGGACCCUUUCAACAGACACAGUGAUGAGGAGAUCUGGGCAGCGCUGGAAAAGACCUACAUGAAGGACACAAUUUGUGGUCUGGAGAGGAAGCUGCAGGCUGAGCUGGCGGACAACGGAGGAAACUUUUCAGUAGGACAGAGACAGCUGAUCAGUCUGAGCCGAGCACUGCUACGAAACUCCAAGAUCAUCCUAUUGGACGAGGCGACAGCGUCUAUCGAUGCAGAGACCGAUGCUCUGAUCCAGAUCACCAUCAGAGAGGCGUUCAGGCGCAGCACGGUGCUCACCAUCGCUCACCGCAUCCACACGGUGCUGCAGGCCGACCGCAUCCUCGUCCUUAACCACGGACAGGUCGCGGAGUUUGAUCAUCCAGAAGUGUUGAAACAAAGACCAGACUCGCUGUUUGCCUCUCUUUUAACGGCUUCCAACACUGUGGCGUUCUGAUGUUGUUAAACCCACCACAGUGACCUCAGAGGACUUUACAGCAGUUGAAAUCAUCAUUGAAAAGCCUCACCAAUGUUUACAAGGUUCUUCCUCCUUUCUUCUUCCGGGACAUGAACACCCAUUUCCUGUGUGAAAGUCUGUUUUUAUUUAAUUAUGGUGCUGACAGUAAUACAUACGUACAAUAAAUUCAGAUUAUAGUGCUUUACUUUUCAAAGCUAUAUGUACAAAUGCUUCAUGAGAACAGGCUGAGUCGUCUCCAUGAUACCUUGAAUCUGGCUUUUAUUGCAAAAAGGGAAAAUGUGUUGUGUUACAUACAAGGAAGCUACUGUUUCUGCUGAA